AUGUCAAGUUCGGCAAUAUCAGCUGCGAAAAGACGAACUGAAAUAGCUCUCAAGAAUUAUAAAAUACCAACGACUUCUGAACGUAGUGACCAAUAUGAUUCAAAAAACCAUCAAAUAUUACUCUCACUUUUACAAUCACGUAUCAACUGGUCUACUAAUGUAUUUGUCAAAUACCGUCCAGAUCCUCAACAACAACCGAAACGCAACCCAGUUAUUCGACGACGUUAUCCUAAGAUGCGGGAGCUUGGACAGGCGACUCUGGCUCUAGGUCCUCACUUUUUUUAUGAAACUUCAUUUUAUGAAGCGAUCCGAUCCGAUUCAUGGGUCACACUUGGAAAGGCUGCUAAUGUCGAAGGUAUUGAUCAGUAUGAGAAAAGUCUUAAUCAGGACGACAAUCAAAGAGACGCGACAACAAACGGAACUGCACCCAGUAACCGCGACGCUGAUGAAAUAAUAGCUCCCAAACUUCCAACAGAUACUGAUACAGAUAUGAAUGACAAGACGGUAAAUGGUACAACUCUAGAUCAAACUACUGAUGAAAACACAACAGCAAUCAUAGAGGACGAAGGAAAAACAAGCCAGGAUCAAGUAACAACGACGGAUAUUGUGAUUGAAUUCAAGGAUCAACCAAGCGAACGCUAUCUUUUCCCCAAGGAUAUUAUAAUGCAAGUACUAGAGGAUUCUUCAUCGGCAAUAUGUUCCUUUAUGCUACCCUUGGAUCGAACGGAUGCGGAUUGUUUCUUUUGGAACGCUAAACAGAAAAUCGAUUAUUUUGGUGAUCAAUCUACUAUUCCAGAAAUACAAAAAAUGGCAGCUAAGAAAGACGUACCAGCUAGUCCGAUUUCUACAACAAAUUUGAAGGAACAAGACCAUCAACCUGUCAAUAUACGUCUGCUAGAUGCUUCUUCUACCAUCAUCAAUGCGAUACAGUCAACGGUUCAUCCACCUGAAAUUGUCCGGGAAAAACUGAUCAAAAAGAUGCAAAAGGUCCCUACACGAACUUAUCUCGAUUAUAAUAUUUCAAAGACUGAACAGCAAUCGAUGGGAGAUCUGAUACAACGAGUACAUACACAGCCAGAUAUUAUUAGUGGACCGAUUGCUGCUGAAAAGAAACGAAAUGAAAUUGGACUGGCCAUCAAACUAGGAAAACGACCUGAAUCUGACCAACAUGAAGCUGAACCGCCCAAAACGAAACAGCAUAUACCAGGCAAAGAAGAUGAAUUCCGAAAAUGUGUAUAUUGUAGUACAAGACAUACUGUCAUGUGGAGACAUGGACCAGCUGGUGAAGGUACAUUAUGCAAUGGUUGUGGUAUUUUAUGGCUUCAAGGCAAAAUUCUCAAGGGAGCACCAGUGAUUACUAAGGAAGAAGAAAAACAACGUAUCCGGGAAAGGUGGCAAAACGAAUGUCGAAGGCGGGAACAAGAAGAAUGGGUAUCGAAACAACGGCGUAUUAAAGAAGAAAAGGAAGCAGCACUUAGGGAAGAACAGGAAGCGGCACAUCGAAUGGAAAUAUGCAUGCGGAUCAAGAAGAAACGCGCUCUGGCCUCUCAGAAAUCGACAUUAUCUUCUGCUGACCUAUCACCAUCACUACCUCCAUCAACAGAAUCAUCGCAAUCAACCACUUUACCGAUGUCUUCAGAAGAUUCGCUUGUAUCACCAUCAUCAUCAUCAUCAACAGCAAUAGCACCAGCAAGUUCGACGACAUCCUCGUCAACAGCACCAUCAUACCAUAUAUUCAACUUACCACAGAUUCCAUUACCAACACUCAGCAUUGAAUUCACCCAUACCAUGUUCAGUCAUCCUAAUUGUACCGUAUCACUCUCUCACCAGAAACACUUUAGCGUCCAGCUCACCAAAGGUGAUUCCUCGAUCCAUCUCAACAUUCCAAAACAAGCUUUGGCGAACGCAAAAUUCGAAAUUCUUGGUCAGGUCGAUAGUGCUGGAAGGGAUAUUUUAUUGAUGUCAUGUCAACCUGAUGAUGUGGGGUUAGGGCAAGACACGCCAUUGGAUGCUUUUGACGAGAUACUUUACAAUCCCAGGGACGAUCAACGAAAGAUGAAUAUACGGUUUUUGGAGAAAAUUGAUGCCUCAGGUGGUCCCGUGGUCAAGAAAAUCUUGGAAUGUUGGUUAGCAACAGACAAGUAG